GCACCUGGAGACUCUUCGUCCCGGCUGGCACUGGCUGGGCCCAAUUACUUGACUCCAUGGCCGAUUCCCACCAGAAGGACCAGGCAUGGAUCCCCAAGCUCUUCAAGAAGAAAGUCUGUACAACUUUUAUCGAGCAGCCAAAUGAAGCCGGUGGCCCCUGCCUGUGCCAAUGUGGGAGCAUUCGCAGCAACCAUACCUCUGUAGCCACAGAAGAUGCCUUUGGAGCAGCCAUUGUCAGCAAAUGGGUCUCAGCCCAGCACACAACAGAGUGGCCCACUGAUGCCUAUGGAGAGGUGGAAUUUGUGGGCACCGUGCGCAGACCCAGCAAGUUCAUUCGCUUGUCAGACACAUCAAAUCCUGCAGCUGCCUACGCUCUGGUCACAAACCAUUGGAAAAUCCCACACCCCAAUCUGGUGGUGUCAGUGGUGGGAGGUGAAGGCGAGGUGCGCGUGAGGUCCUGGCUUAAGGAUGUGCUGCGAAAAGGUCUGGUAAAAGCAGCUCAGAGCACUGGGGCCUGGAUCAUGACAGGUGGCCUCCAGGCUGGCGUGGGCAGACACGUUGGGGAAGCUGUCAGAGACCACACCACAGCCAGUACUAACUCCAGCACCCACGUGGUGGCUAUGGGCAUUGCUCCAUGGGGCAUGGUUGAAAAUCGCCAUUGUCUUGUAAACCCAAAGGGUUCGUUUCCAGCACGUUAUACCCGGAUAGCCCCUGUCAGCCCUUUCUGUCCUCUAGAUGCCAACCACUCUGCCUUCUUCUUGGUAGACGAUGGGACGGAGGGCAAGGCAGGUGGGGAAGCAUCCUUUCGUGCCCGCCUGGAACGCUACAUUGCCCAGCAAAAAGUGGGAGCUGGAGGUGUUGGGAGUAUCGAGAUUCCUGUGUUGGUGCUCCUCAUCUGUGGGGACUCAUCUAUGUUCAAGCGUGUUUCUGAGGCUGUGAAUUCCUCCAUCCCCUGCUUGCUCUUGUAUGGAUCUGGGGGGGCAGCUGACUGCUUGGCUGAGUUGCUUGAAGAGACUCAGUCUGGAGAGUCCCUGAAGAUGAAAGCACUGGAGAAGAUGCGGGGAAAGUUCCCUGACAAUGAACUGGCAGAGCUGGCAGAAGAGGCAGAACGAAUUGGGGCCAAACGAGAACUAGUGACCAUCUAUUCUGACCAUGAAGGCCUAGAGGAAUUUGAGACUAUCCUUCUUAAAGCUCUGGUGAAAGCUUGUAGGCGGACAAGCGAGGCUGCCUGCUACCUGGAUGAGCUGCGUCUAGCCGUGGCCUGGAACCGCGUGGACAUUGCCAGUACCGAGCUCUUCUGUGGGGACAUAGUCUGGGAGCCCAACCUGUUGGAAGAUCCUAUGCGUGAUGCUUUGCUAGGGGACCGCCCUGAACUCGUACGCCUCUUUGUGGAGAACGGCUUGGAUGUCGGGCAGUUUCUGACCUGGGGGCAGCUAGAAAAUCUGUACGCAGGAGCUCCAGAGGGCUCCCUGUUGCACCAUCUGCUGGAGCGACGCCAAGGCCUAUCCCAUGAGCCCUCUUCACCCCCAGAAUACCUGCUAUUAGAUCGAUCUCUGUCUGAUUGCCACCUGUCACAGGUGGCCCGUAUCCUGCAUGAACUGCUGGGAGAUGUUUGUGCUCCCUUUUAUGAAGGACUGCAUUCUCCGAGUCAGAAAGCAUUAGGGACCAAGGGGCUCUCACCUGUUGAACAGCCAUUGUACCGUACUGAGCUGUCCCCAAAUCCUUGGACUGACCUAUUUAUAUGGGCUGUGUUGCUGAACCGUGGAGAGAUGGCCAUGUAUUUCUGGGAAAUGGCUCCUGAUGCGGUGGCUGGGGCUUUGGUAGCAGCACGGAUCCUACGGGAGCUUUCACACCUUGAGACAGAGGCAGAGGAGGUGGCUUCCAUGAAGGAUCUGGCGAUGCGCUUUGAGAACUUGGCCAUAGGUGUAUUCAGUGAAUGCUACCGUAAUGGCGAGCCACGGGCCUAUAAACUGCUAGUGCGCAGUUCCAGUCUUUGGGGUGGAGCUACCAUACUCCAGCUGGCUCAUGAGGCAGACGCCCGCCUCUUCUUUGCCCAGGAUGGUGUGCAGUCCCUGCUCACCCAGAACUGGUGGGGGGAGAUGGAUCGAAGCACCCCAGUCUGGAAGCUUCUCCUCACCUUCUUCUGUCCCCCUCUCAUCUUCACAGACCUCAUCACAUUCAGGUCUAUGGAUGAUGACUUGCGACUAGAUCCCUCCCAGGCCAUGGAGCUGGAUAGCCUUGACAGAGAUGUGAAAAGUACCAUUGGAGACAUGCUGUUCGAGAACGCAGACCCUCCUUCCCCACCUUCCCGUCGCCACUUCUGGUUACGGCGCUGGCGACAGUUUUGGGGAGCGCCUGUGACAGCCUUCCUGGGCAACGUGGUGAUGUACCUGCUCUUCCUUUUCCUCUUCUCCUACGUUUUGCUCAUGGAUUUUACAGCCCCACCUGUUGGCCCUUCUACCACGGAAAUUGCUUUGUACAUUUGGGUCUUCACGCUGGUCUGUGAGGAGGUGCGGCAGGGAUGCUUUGUGGGGUCCCAGCCCCUGGUGCAAAAGGUACGUCGAUACCUCCAGGACACAUGGAACCAGUUUGAUAUCACAGCCCUGCUUCUUUUCAUGCUGGGACUGGCAUGCAGGUUGUUCCCUGAAUCAUUUGAAUCUGGCCGCACCAUUCUCUGCCUGGACUUCAUGGUCUUCACCCUUCGUCUCAUCCACAUCUUUGCUAUCAACAAACAACUGGGCCCAAAGAUGAUCAUCGUUGGCAGGAUGAUGAAAGAUGUUUUCCUCUUCCUCUUCUUCCUCGGGGUAUGGCUGGUGGCUUAUGGGGUUACUACUGAGGGCCUUCUGCUCCCACACGACCGACGUCUCCCCUGGAUAUUCCGCCGGGUCUUCUACCGACCUUACUUGCAAAUCUUUGGACAGAUCCCACUCAAUGAGAUUGAUGCUGCUCUGAUUGCAGCGGCGAACUGCACCUAUGACCCUGUGGCCAUCUUGAUGGAGGAGGCGCAGCCGUGCACCAACACCUACGCCAACUGGCUGGUGCUCAUACUCCUUGUGGUCUUCUUGCUGGUAGCCAACAUCCUCCUUCUCAAUCUGCUCAUUGCCAUGUUCAGUUACACGUUUGCCAAAGUGCAAGGCAACAGCGACAUCUACUGGAAAUCCCAGCGGUAUAACCUGAUCCUGGAGUACCACAGCCGCCCAGCCCUGGCUCCGCCUUUCAUUCUCAUCAGCCACCUGCACCUUUUCAUCAAGCGCCAUGUCCGCAAGGUGCAGUCGGCAAAGAGAUGCCACUUCCUUCUGGAACUUUCUGCAACCCAAGAUGGACGGUUGCUCACAUGGGAGUCAGUGCAGAAGGAAAAUUAUUUAGUGGCUCAGAAACGGCAGAAACGAGAUUGUGAUACGGAGCGACUCCGGCGAACCUCCCAGAAAGUUGAUCAGGUUCUGAAGCAGCUUUCGGAGAUCAAGGAAUCAGAGCGUCGCCUGCGGACCCUGGAGACAGAGAUGGAAUACUGCACCACUGCCCUGGCCUGGAUGGUGGAUGUUUUGGCUCAGAGCGACAUUGCAAAAGGAAGGAAAGCUCCUCCAGCACGUAAAAAGGACUGAUGCUCCGUGCAAGCACAAGCAGAAUCACACUUCAUUUCCAAAGCAUACAGCGCCCAGGUCAUCUGUUACCCUCAGAAUCCAGAUGUAUCAUGUCAUGAACCUGAGAAAACUGGGCACAGCUUAUGCUUCCCCAGACCCUGUGACAAGAAUUGCAGAAACUUGAGAUUCCACGAUUCCCAAAGAAAGAAUCUUCUCAACGCUCGCAGCGGCACAUACAGUGAUACACAGUCCUCCUGCAUUUUACAUGCCACAAACCUCAAAAGGGGACUGGGAACUAUUGUGUGAACCCAGAAAUCUUGCUGCUGCUGGACCAUUCUGGGCUUCUCGUACUUGGGAUGAAGGGAGGGCUUCUCCGGGAGCCUGUGGAGAGAGAAUAUAGGUAUUGAUUUUCAACUCAGUGAUGAAUUCCUUAAACUGCUGUUUCCAUUUCUGCAAUGGGAAUACACACAAUCUACCUCUCAGGAUUGCUGUGAGAAUGAUCAUAGUGCAAAUAAUAAAGAAAUCUGUGAGCGAGAAAUAAUAACAAAUAAUAAGAAGAAUGAUAGUUCUGUUUUGUAAAUGAAUUAGCAAGUGGAUGGCUCCUUUGGUUAGAUUUAUUGUAUUUAACACAAUUUGUCUUAGGGUUACACGCAUGAGCAAGAGUGGAUUCAAGCGCCAUCUCUCUUUAGGAUGACAGCCUGUGCUGCGCCCCACCCUCCAACUGAAGGACCUCAUUCCUGGCUGCUUCUCAGCUAGUGCAGUAGCCAAUGCUAUGCUAAGCAGGCAAGCUACUUGACAGGACUAUGUGCAGCCUCUAGAGCAGGAAGAGGCAGAAGGCAGAUCAUGGCCUGCUGGUAUACUACAGGUCACUUGCCCACAGACCACCUAGUGCCUGUGGGUUGCUGGGGUUCUCACCAAGAAUUCUGGACAAAAUAGAUCAGGCUGUGAUCCUGCAUGGUGCAAAACGGAAAUUAUGCCCUCCCUGUUUUAGGCAAUCUUCCAGACAAAUCAGGUUGCAUAUUCAUCACACAAGAAUGACACUUGGUGCAUGAUUAGGAAGAUGACUCUUCAGAUUUAAGUACUUUGUACAUGUUUACUCUCCAAGCAGCUCAGGACAGCAUACAUUACUUUCACCUCCUCUCAAUGACCCUGUGGGGCUAGGUUGAAAAGGCCAAGGUAAUCCAGUAAAUUUUAUGGUGCAUUGGGAUUUCAACAUGGCUUACUCUAACAAUUUAAGCAGGUAGAAGAGAGCGCUACUCCUGCUCAGAGACACUCAACUUCAAGUACCAGGUUUUUAAAAAAAAGAUAAAAAGAUCACAACUCUUAAGUAUCUGAUUACAUAGUUUCAACAAGGGUGGUGACUUCUGGGUUAUAAACACAACCCAGUUUUGAGACAGUUGACUUAGAAAGGUUUAAGGCUGCUUAAGAUUACACUGUUAAUUGCAGAAAGCCGUAUAUUAUGCACUGGAAGGCAGAGUCCCCUAUGGAUAUGAAUAAAUAGAUUAUGGAAAAGAGAGCUCUGUCUGAGAUACAAUAAUAUUUCUUAAGCAAGAAGAACUGGAAUUUUUUCAGGAAAAAAUGGAAUAUUUCCCUGUGUUUUGUGCCCUCCCUCUAUUUGUAAAACAUAUUUUAAAAGAUUCCACUCCCACCCUCCAAUAUCCCCAGCUUUUGUUGCUUAAGAAAUACUACUUUUUUCUCAUGCUACUAAAAAAAAUAUUAGCAAAUCAUAAGAGGGUUUUAAAAUAUUGUAGUAAAUAACAGAAUGAAGGUGUACUGUUGUU